CAUCUAGAAGUGCAUUUUUUCCCCCAGGAAGAUGAUCGAUCAGCCUUCCGAUGACACGGCUUGUUUCCUGUCAAGCAAAGAGCUUUUCAUCACAGUGGAGUGAUCGUAGCUGGAAGUAUUUUCGUGGUGGUCACAUCAACAUCAUGGACAUGGAAAAAUUGGUAGACAACAUGUCAUAUAGAAUAGGAAUACAACCUACAGCAACAACUUAAGUAUUUGGAGAUGUAAGUAAUAUGUUGACCGGCCAGCACAACUGCCUCUACCACGUCGGAAAACCACCGCCCAGAACGACCAGGAGGCCAUGGCGUGGACUGCCACUAGUACGCUCGAGCGUCUUCCACUCUUGCAACGUCUCAUCUGCUCCAACGAGAAGGAACUGCAGUUAUACGAUGCCGUGGCGCCUGGAGGUUCAAAGACACAUCGAAAGGGCGUUCCAUCAACUGGGCCAGAGAAGGGAAAUUACUCUACGAAGAAGAAUCGGAAAGCGAACUUGAAAUGGAGAAGGCUGCCUGCCCCAGAUGUUGCAGGUGUUCCUAGUCGUGCAGGCCAGGAUAGUAAUGGAAAUGUUGCCGAAGAAGCGUCGAGUAGUCUUUCAAUUUUUCUAAACGGUGACCAUAACACUCCUGGUGUUCUUCGAGGAAAUGAAGCUGCUCCACACCAGAUUGGUCUGAAUGAUACGAUCGAGACCACAAGCCCCUCCGGAAAAAGUGACAUCCUAGAGCGCCUACAACUGGUGCAAGCCAAAGGAACGGCGCUGGGGACCUCUCAGCCGUUGCAAGCACAUCGUAUUUUGAAAGGACUGGUACCUGUAAGGGAGACUGUUAUCCCCACACAGUCGUUACUCGACGACUACAGCACGAAGGCAGCGCGCGCUUCUCUCGCGACUCUUGUCGCUGCGCCAGAAGCCGAUCCACCUAUCCUUCUCCAAACUCGCAACGAUGUCGUCUGGUCGAAGGACCGGUGGCGCGACUUUCUCAGCUUGUCCAGGCGGUUCGAAGAGGGGGACCAUUUCCUUAGAAAUGGAGAAACGGGCACUAUGAUCGCUGAGCAGGGCAGAGGACCGGAUGCAAGUAGAUUCAUCAGCGGAACAAGAACGAGGUCUGUCAACGGUGUGUUGGAUCGCUCGGCAAAUAACCGUUCUUCAACGCUCGAAAAUUACCUUUCAUCUCCUUCGCGACGUGCGUCAGGGCGGCGCUCGACUCGACAAGAUGCGUCCCGAAGAAGUGCACUGAGUGCUAUCGUGCCCGGUCGUGCGAGUGUCCUCGCUCGUGCGUCGGCCAAUUGUGGAAUCUUCUCUGCACUAGAAGACGAAGGAUUGCCCAAUUUACUUGAAGAGAUAGAUCAAAAUGAUGGCCUAGAACUGGGUACUGAUAGGGGAGGUGGUUCCCUUGGCAACAACAAGCGUGACGAUGCUUCUCCGCGAAUGACUAGUCGAAGUCUCCACCAGGCAUAUUUAGGGGGGCAGCACCUGCUCCCGCAACGGCCCGACGCGAUAAGGAGCGGGAAAGCAACGUAUCGCAAUGUCAGUUUCGCACGCUCUCCCGCAAAACAGGUGUCCUGGCUGUGUUUUCCUUCCGGCGAUGUCGAUAUGACCAAUGAGUUUGCGUAUUCCUAUGCGGUGGAGAAGGUGUCCGUCUUCAAGAACUCAUCCCAUGAUCAGGAGACCAGUCCUGCAUCACCAAGUAGACCGCCACUGCCUUUGAAAAGCCAUGAUAUGAAAAUGCUAGUCGAUGAUCCCCAUUCAUCGUCGAGAGGAUUUUACAACUCAGAUUUGAUUCCUGAGGGUGAGGACAAAUCGAAAUCACUACCAGCUAUCGUUACGAAUAACGACAGCCAGAUUUUGACUAGUAGUACACAGCUUGCUGCAAAUGCAAAUCCAACUAGUAGUAUAAUUCCUCCUGCCUCGCUGGUGAGUCCUGCUAUUUCAUCAUCGGUAGGGUCCCACUUGAGACCUGGCGAGUACCAAGGAAAACCUAUGAAGAAGGUGAAAAGCGCAGUUCGUUUUGGGUCAGUUGAACAGCAGAAUUACGAUACUAGUCGCGUGCAAGAAGCACAAUCAGGUGCAAAAAAAGGCUCUGUUGUAGAGAGAAUAGGCGUGACGCGUUCUCACGAUACUAACGGAGAAGAGUGGGAAUCCGAAGCGAAGAGAACAUCGUUUUCAGCACUAUUGCGGCCUUCUGUCUAUUCGACGACAAGUAAGAUCCUCUGCGUUAAUGGCCGCACAUCUCUCGCUCUUGGACUCAACGACAAUGUCGGACUGCUCUUAGGUGCGGUUGUAGGAGCGGAAGGCCAGGCGACCAAGCCCUGGAUAGAACAACAAAACGACGAGGCACUGGUGAAAAAGCCAGAGUUCUCAGAAUUUACAAAGGAGCCGGAUUAUUGUUAUAGAAAAGAUAGCACUACAGGCACAGGAGCAUUAGUGAUGUCGGGUAAGCCAGAAGAGGCAGUCGAGCAAGGUUUUGGACAAGAGCAAAGCUCCGCAUGGGAAACUUUCAACAGUAACGCAUCCGACGUUGGGUCCUUAAAUCUAUGUUUAGAGAACAAGCAACGGUAUGUCGCUUCUCUGGACAGCAGAAUUAAUGUUACACCUACAGAGUCGAUCACCGGCUGCAACGCUGAUAGUUCAGUACCUUUCCCGGCUAUUGAGCGUGCGUCUGCGGGGGGCUCGUCGUCCUCGAAAAGUGCAAGACUUGCACGCUUUACCGGUGGCGGCACGGCCUCCGCUGAUUUCUCCAUAUACAAAGUACGAAGAAGUGAUACAACACAUGGAGGAGCUGGCUUUCAAGAACAAGACGAGGAGCCAGAUAGCAAUGGUACUCCACUUCAGCCAAAAAGGUCAACACCAUCUUCAUUCCCACCACAAGCACCAUCGCAUCAGAUGAAGGAGAAGAAUGACUUCGUGUCGGACGAAUAUGCAAGCAAAGGGCUAGAUCACGAACUUCAAACCGUUGGAAAAAGACGGCUCAGCAACAGCUCUACCCUUCUUAUGACGUUUGAUCCUUUCGCUUUCGUGCCGUCAUUUUUACAAAUCGAGCUAAAGCACUCGUCUUGCUUUAUUUAUUUACAAGUUGUAGUAGUAGUUCACUUUCACAGAUUCCGUUGGCACUGAUAAGCCUACUUAGAAUGAUUAACGACGAGCAUUGACUUUUGCAGCUCUAGAUGAAGCGGAACUUCCUUGUAGGACAAGCAUCAAUACUCGGAAAGUACAGCUCCUUGCUGGGUCGUUUAUCAUGUUCUAACGCUCUUGGCUUCACUGCGCCGCAGGGAGAAGGUGAACCCCCGUCAAUAUCGACCACAGGAGGCGCUGUUGCAGAUUCUGCUGUUGAGGGAAGGGCUGGCUCGCUCGAGGGAAAAUUCAGUCAGGGGAAUAUGGGCGUCGGCGUUUCCUUUGGCCCAGCGGUAGCAAGUGACAUGAAAGACAUGAAGGCCGACAAUGUACCUCGCCUCGCCUCCGGAGGUGGUGUAAGUGCAGGUAGUGGCACAACAGGAACAGGGAAGGUGGACGCGGAAGCAGAGUCUCCCAGUACCAGUCCGAGGAAAUCUGGACGCUUUAGUAGGCGGCUGUCGCAAGUGAUGCAGCCGCCGCCAGUCUUUCAAGACGACAGCACUACAGAGAAGCACCACUCGGAGGAAUCCGCGGCUGCCGCAUUCUUCAUAAGAAGCAGGCCUCUGGAAGACAUCGCAGAGAUUCCGACGGACCAACCCCAGCCUCCGAUGCGAAAUAGCGUUACAAAUGCGAUUGGAGAAGGUGGCUUUUCACCUCAAGUCGUGGCAGACAAGAUGGUGUCCCGCGCCACCUUUCGUCGGGGUUCGCGCUUCUUUGCUCGCGCAGCAACGGCUGACAUCGGGAGCCUUAGUCUCUUUCGUCGCUCAACCAGCGGUCGACGCAUGUCAGCGAUACGCGGCGCACCUGUCGCGGCUGGAUCACCGGUCGGUGUGCGCCGUCGGAGCUCCAUCGAGGACCUGCAUAAAGAGUCCAAGCCCAGUUUACUGGAGAGCGCCAGUGUCAACCGGCGGCAGCAAAGGCGUACUUGGAAAGAGCGAGAGAAAACCUUGUUCGAAGAAGCACUCAAAAAGCAUGUAAAGACGGUAAAAAAUAGUGUUUCGAUGGUUAAGAAUUACAAGAAACAAGGAGGACUGUUUGGCGGUAUCAAUGCUGCCGGAGUAGCAGCUGCGGGAUCAGGUGGAGGGUCAUCUGGUCCACUAGGAAGUGCUAUGUUGGAGGGGCCAUUUUUGCCAGCAGGUAUCGGACUAAAUGCGAGUGAUGGAGGGAUGGCGUCCAUGCCUCUGGGCAUACAGUUUGCAAGAAAUAGUUCGACAAAUGUGAUGCGACGCGGUUCCGUCCUCGGAGCAUCGGCAGUGCCUCUCUCGUCUUCACUUAUGGCACAUCAGCUGGGUACAGUUAGUUGUACGUGCAUGUCAGUUCUUCUCUCUUUCGAGUUUAAUAGAGGUCAAUGUAGAUCUUAAGCCUAACAGGACCAAAAUGAAAAUCGGAACUGCAACAACCAUGACAUGUUAUCUCAAAAGGUUCAUCUAACUCACGUCGUGGUAGUGUGAGUGUCGGCGCGUUUCCUGUGAUUGGUAGCCCAGUGAGGUCGUCACAGGGUAUGCUACAGCGGUCUGCGACGUUCGCGUCCGCAUCGGGAAUUAUGCAGCGAGCAGCACUAGAACUAGAAUAUUUCCGGUUCGAAGGAAACUCGUUGAUUCCUAUACCCAGAGCCAGCAAGCAAGACCAUGAUCCGGAUUCAGACCGAGCAGGGGCGUCGGUAGGGCUUUCAUCUAGUCAUUUUGGAGAGACCGGCCCGAGGCAGCGAAUCCUCGAGGAGGAGAAUCACGCUGGAGGUCCAAAAACCGAAAACGGCGCGGCAGCGGGAGGAUCAGCUACUGGCAGCCCGAAUUCUCUUCCAAGGACGGGAGGAAACACCUCAAGAGAUCACGAUACUGACGCGUUUGGUGGAGGAGAGUUAUCAACGGGACGUGCUAGCUUAUCGCGGAUUGAAGAGGAGGUGGGAAAGGUCGUAAGCAAUAUGACAUUCUUCGAAAAUGAUGAGCUCCUUCAUGAUGAGGAGGCGCAGAGGCAGGAUGAGGCUCCACCCAACGAGAAACAAAAUCCGAUUCAGGAAAGACAAACAUCUCACAUGGAUAACAUGGACAACAAGGACAAGGCUUCCAGGUCAUUUAUUCAUGUAGCGGCAACCCCAGGCCCAGACCGUCAUCACCAACAAGAUGCCGGCGAAAAAACACCUUUGUUUACACCAAUGCAAGAGCCUGGCAGUGGUGAUAAGAAUUUUGUUGGCACCGAGUCACCCGGCACCAGUCGCGGAGGUUCCUUAGCAAAUACAACACCAACAUCAUCGCAGCUCUGCUCCCCGAUUACUCCUCUACCGUCUGCAGCUAAAGACCAAGAAGGCAACGCUGUAAAAGAACGUAAAAGUGGAGAAGGCAGCUCCGGAUCCAUUACAGGGCCUGGAGUGUCUCGUGAGCGCCGCCAAAGUUCAAUUCGACGAACGUCCCUUGUGCGGGAUGUGACUGGGCGAAUCAGUCUCAUCUCGGCCGCAGACCUCAAACGCAUGACGGAUAUGACCCCGCUGGGUGCGGUCCGACGGGCUUCCGCUACCGCAGCGGCGCAGGAGAGGGAUCGGGAACGAAAGAGCGAGAAAGUUGAUGCUGCUAUGAAAAGAAAUGAAGUGAAUCCAUCUCAAUCUGUAGUUCGACUAGGUUCUGGUUCUUGGUGAUAGUCGUUUUCUAGUUUACUGUUGAGCUGCAUUCUCGAACUCCAUUCCCCCCCGUCCUGCAUCUAUUAAGCAAUUCAUUGCAGAAAGUGUAUGUAUGCAUAGGCCAUAGGGGUCCUCACUCAAUAGAAGCGACGUUCAUUCCUAAGCAACAGCGACGCUCGUCAACUGGCACUGCGAGUGUAAGGAUAGAUCCGGCUGUGAUAAGACGAGAGGAAGCAAGCGCCGAGACCGACCAACCGGAGGAUAGACCUAGCUGGCCGAAAAGGGAUCACGAUAAAGCAAGACGGCUUUCCCAGGACGAAGCAUUCACGAUGCGACAUAAGAAGGAACCUCCUGGAUCGGGUUCAUCAAGAGACCCAGGCGUUGGUGCAGAUUCUUCAUCUUCAGCGCCGAAAACGUUGAUAAUUUCCGGAGGGGGUGCUACUUCUUCUGAAGGAAGCAAAGUAGAACAACACGAGUCGGGGAAAUGCAAUUCCUUCGAUUCGUCAGAAUCCGAUGACUCAGACGAUGGUAUUAGUAGGAAACAAGGCAAGACAAACGAAAAGUCGUGGUCCACAUCAGAACAGCAUAACGAUCCCUCACGCAGCAAGCAUGCAGCGAUCCUGAGUGACCGUGAAAUCGCCCUUGUUUUCUUACGUACACUUUACGCGUCCGCCUGUUCGCGUGCAGGGUUGAUCGACGUUGGCGCAGACUCCAUUUCCAGUCGUAUUUUGCAACACCAGGCGAAUCUUUCCACUUCUCUUGCCGGGAAAAUUCAGAGAUCCGAGGAACCACUGAGGCAGAUAAACGUUUCGGCGCCGCCACCGCGUCGCAGUAGUCUCAAAUCUUCGACACCCGCAAAGUCGAGAAGUAGCGGCGUCGCGGGAGAAACUGAAACGAAAUCAGGCGAUGCUUUCUAUGAUUGGGGUCGUGCAAUUGCGAUUUUGAUUUUGACAUUGUGAUUGGCUGUAGCCAUUGCAAGUCGUAGUUGUUUCUCUUCUUGAACAUUCAAGUCUCUAACGUUCAGGCGCGACUUCAUCUUCUACUUUCAGCAAGCCUUUUCUCAGCGACGCGUCAGAUGGCAGCGCGGUUGCAUCGUUUUCAUCGGUGCGACGCAUGAGUGUUACGUUGAAAGAAGAGCCAGACAUUCUUGCUGUUCCACAGGCCGAAGAGGAUGACGCCAUGUUGUUUUUAUGGGUAGUUGUUUUUCAUCAUUUGGCCCUGGCGUAAGGUUGAGUUAUGACUAUCCCGAGUGGAUUCGGACUUCCUUCUGCUCUAAAGCAAAGGGGAACAACACUCAAGAAACCACCUAGAGUCGAAUGAAGUGUUCAGCGGAUGAAAAACCUCUACCUCCAAUUUUCGAUAAGCGAGCGACUGGGCAGGACUAUAACACAAGCACUAUUGCGGGUUUUAGUCGUCAGUUGAAAUCAGCUUUGAAAACGACAUCGAUUGGCGGCAGUCGGGUCACGACAGCACGUCUCCAGGAAACACGUGAGGAAAGCGACUCAUCGGAUCUAGAUGGAAGUGAUGGGCCAAGGGGAGGAAAAAAAUUAUGCAAGAUCAUCAAAAAUAGAGGUACUGCUACUAGUACGUACUAAUAGUUGAUGGACUAAGUUUAAGUAGGUACCUAGUAGUAGCAAAAGAUACCAAGCGCAAGUAUCUAAAUCGAAUGACUUUAAGCACGACCGCUCCUUCGAAGUCUAAAAGUUGGGAAUAAAGCAGCACCGAAGUCAGUGUCAGGCCAUUUGCGAGCACGUCUACAACGUGCGGUAGCAGAACGAGCGGCAGAGGAGUUGCCAUCCCCCGAUAUGCGGACUGACCGAAAAACUACUUUUUUCGGCAGAAAAUCUACUGAACGUGGAGUCAAUUUAUGAACGGGGAGUACGAUGGUAUAUGCGUCGAGAGGCACGCGUGCUACGUAAACAACUGCUCGCCAUUUCCACAAGCAAAUACUGUUCUUAGGUGAUAGAUACCAGCAAUCAAAAUUUUCAUGAUCCAGAUGCCCCUCGCGUUCUCUGCAGCAUCAGCAUCGAAAUCGAUUAUAGCUGUUUCUUCUCAAUGCAACUUCUUACCUCUUUCUACGUAGAACUUUUUUAGCUUCUUCCUUCUAUCGACGUCUUUCUUCAUUUCAUCCACGCGAUCUUGGUGAGAUGUUCCAUAUACGGUAUUUCACGUUCUGCAUGCAUUUUCCAGAGUCCAAGUUGCUCAUUGACAAGUUGGCAUGGCACCAGGAGAAGCUAGGAAAGAUGAUCACCGAAGAAAAGAUAGAGUUUAUCUUCGAGGAGGUCCAGGGUGCGCUCACAGGACUCUUGCUGGGAUACGUUACAGGUAAGAGAGGAGUGUACCUGAUCUUAAAUAGGUACUACGGAUAAACUUGAUUACGAAAACCUGCUUUUCACCAGUUUAUUCUUGUCGGGUCUUGCAAUCGCAGAAAGUAAGUACUCAUUUAUCAAUAUUUGGAAACUCAUGAAAACUUCCUUCAUGGGAAUUGAUCUGACAAUUGCUCAAAUAAACUCCUUCAGAUGCGCUCGAAGCGACGCAGAAAAAGGCACAGAUGGAAACAGUUCGUGCAGACCGCGUCAUGGACUUCCUUGGGGAGGUGGGUCUAGCGCCUCUUGUGGAAGAAGAGGAGAAGAUACUCAAAGACACGCUGAUGAAGUACCUACUUAUUUUUACCUAGGAUGUCGACGCUUCACAUAGACAUAUCAGUGAAAACUCAUUUGCUUUCCUCAAUAUCUUGCUUCCAAUGCAGGAAUUCCAGAAAUGGUUGUACACUGUAGGUACCUUCGCAGUCUCCACCCGAAGCCAAACAAGAGAAGCGACGGCAUAGAGCGUCGUGCCAACUGGGAGGCGCUGCGAAAAAUCCAACUGUCUGCGAUGGAUGUGGUUAACCUGGUGAAUCAAACCUUGGAAAAUUUUCAGGCAGUUUAUGAUGACCAGAAGACCAAGCUCAUCGACGAUUUUGCUCUAGAUACGGAUGUGCUCCCGCAAUUCUCGAUCGCAGCAGGAGUGGGACACCAUGUACUUCACUUGAGUUGCUGUUCGCUAUCCUACGCCUGCUAUCAUACUUUUUCUAUACGAAGCUAGGCCUAGGCGCUCCUGCAACAAGUGUGUUUGAUGGAGUCCACAUUUAAGCUCAAGCAAGUAGUCCCGCUAUGUAUUCUCUUUGUUUCUCGAUGUUCGGAAGUCAUUGGAGAACCAUGACAAGUGUCAGGCGGAGCGCCUUGUCAGUGUCAAGAGGAGCGCCGUGACAAGUGUCGGGGCGAGAGUCCUGACAAGUUUCAAGCGGAGGGUCUUGGCAAGUGUCGGGGCGAGAGUCCUGGCAAGCGUCAAGCGGAGGGCCUCGGUGGGUGUCGGGGCGAGGGUCCUGACAAGUAUCGAGCAGAGGGUCUUGGCGAGAGUCCUGACAAGUGUCAAGAGAAACGCCGUAACAAGUGUCGGGGCGAGAGUCCUGACAAUUGUCAAGCGGAUGGCAUUGGCAGGUGCCGGGCUGAGGGUCUAAAUAUGUGUCAAGCGCAGGGUCUUGGCAAGUGUCGGGGCGAGGGCCUUGACAAGUUUCCAUGGCGCUCCCCCUGGCACUUUUCGCGAGGAGAGCCCCGAAAAGUAUCAGGGCGAGAGCUUUGCCCAGACAAGUUCCACGGAGAGAGCAUUGACAGGCAUCAGGGUGGGAGUAUUGCCAAGACAAGUGGCACGGUGAGAGUCGUGACAAGUGUCAAGGCGAGAGUCGUGCCCAGGUGAGAGUCGUGGCCAGGGUUAGACCCAGUUUCGGACAGUGUGCACCGCGAAGAGAGUCCUGACAAGCGUUAUGUUUAAGGAGAGUCGCCUUCUUGGCAAGUGUCUAGUCGGCCAAGCGUCUCGAUGAGAGUCUAGUAAGCGGAGGGCCUACCAGGUGUCUGUCAAGGUAGCGGGGCUCUUGCAGUUUCUUGACAAGGGUUAUCGGGACCAGAGUCAGAGUCUUGGUUGACGGGUGUCACUUGCCAGGGCGCUCCCCCCUCUGCUUCUCCUGAAACUAGACAGCACUUUUCAUGACUCACCUCGUGGCACUUGUCAGCUUCCCCCUGACACUUGUUCUAUCUUGUCAGGGCUCUCCCUUCGACAUUUGUCAAAGCUAUCCAAUGAGUCGAGCUGGACACUUUUGGGCCUCUCCAUAGUGCCACGUGUCUGGGCUCCUUUUCUGAUGACAGAAGUAUUUGCUUGACUUUCCCUUUUCGCUUUGCAUGGAUGCCACUCUGUACUUCAGAUCGAAGACGAAACGCAUAUGAUGCGUGAUUUGCUGGAACUUUACAAGGGAUUUUGCCACAUGGAUACACGCAAGUGCGGAGUUCUCUCCGGCAACCAGUUGAAUCAGCUAAGUCGAACCAUCUUCCGCGAAAAUCGUGCAGCAAAACAGAAAUAUCUACACAAUGUCACGCAGGUAUCACUUCUGUCAGCGUGUAUUGCCACAGAAGACCACUGUACGUAGAUGUAAUUCUUCUUGUACUUUUUGUCAAAAGACUACCCUAGGCAUAGUAUGCCUAGGGUAGUCUUUUGACAAUUAUAUGUAGACUGGUACCGCACGUACAGAUAAGGUCUUGAACUUUCUGUCUCGACCUGUGCAAAAGCCACAAUAGCCUUAAAAUUCUUCCCACCUCCGCCUCCGUUCCCCUCGCAGCCACGACGUACACGCCACUCAGGUGAACUUCUGCGACUUUUUACGGUUGGUUCACAAAAGACGUUUGGAUGACUUAGAUGCGAUGAAAAAUGAACUCUGGAAAAUGACUCCACGAAGUUCAGGGCAUUCGUAUCAUGACCAAUACCACGGCGCACCCGACGAUGACCUCUUUCGGAAGCCUGGCCGCCAAACGUUGGAUGUCACUGCCAUUGAAAACUAUAAUCGCGAGCAUUCGCACACGCUCUCGCAGCCUGAUGUUUGCAAGAUGUUGAGUACUUUUGUUUGGCUUUUCUUAUUUUUCUGUUGGUGGUGUUGGCGUUGGACAAUGCUACUUGUAACUUUGAUUCUACUGUAUGGGUAUGCUGGGUACUGAGCCUGAGUAGAUUUUCAGGAGUCCGUCGAAAAAUACGAAGAGGCAGACAACGUCUGGAUGGCCAAGCCGGCUUUUAUCUAUUUUGCUUCCGACGCUAACGCGUAGCAUGUUAUCGAUUCUUAUUCAAGAUGAAAAUAUAAUCAUCAGCCCGGCUCGAGAUUUUUCCAAAAUCGGUGGCAGAGCAGCUUGAAAUCAAGGAGAUUCUGGAGCUGGUGUUUCCAACUGCUGACGACGUGCUAUCCUUCGACGAGUUUCAGUACCUGUGUAAAAAGAUUCAAAACCUGCUGUGCUUCAAGUACGCUGAAAGCGAGCUACGUUUCGUGCAGAAAUUUUUCGCUCCAAGACAGGUCUCUUCUUUUCGCAAGUCGUUUGAGCGACUGGCGGAUCCCGGUUCGGAACGCGUAGAGCUAAGCCAAGUACGCAAUUAUCUGCUUGUGACCUACAGACUCACAGUAGAGGUGCGAGAGCUGUGGAGAUUUCUCGAGGAGCAAGUCCUCAUGGUCAACGAGCGUGGGGUACCAGGACACGAAAUGCUCAAUAUUAAGGCUUGAACCAAAUGCAUUUCCAUUUAUCCAAAUUUUUUUUUCGUCUAGAAGUACUUAGAACGUAUAAGUACGUUGUUUGUGUUGCCGAUUAGAUCCCAUUGUCGAAGGUCAGCUGCCGAACUACUGGCUCAAGUCAAACUUAUAGAUACUUGUCACGGGAAGUACAAGUAGUUUCACCUCAAUUUCUAAAAUGAACGUUACAGCGCGACGCAUGUCAAUGAUGAGUGGGACCAGUGCUGCCCUUGCCACCAUAGGGCGUGGAGUUGCGCCUCAGGGAGAUCAGAAUGCGGGUUACGCACCUCAGCAGGAGCAAGAAAAUGGUUCAUCCGGAGUAUCUGGAGCUGCUGGAGGAGGCAAUACAAGUGGGCAUGUAGUUAAGGCUUCUAAAAAUCCGUCUUGGUCUUGACAAGAAGUACUAUCAAUCUCCUUGACGAGAUUGUCUGUUUGAAAGAGGAGAAAAAAAGAUUCAGCGGUCAGAAAAUGCAUUUCACAUCAAGAUGGUAAAUUGCUAGAAGUUGUACUAGAAUUUCGACGCGAGUCCGUCUAACUCUAACAAUGGCGAUAUUACUGCAAACAUAAUUGCUAGCCUAGACGCGGGGUUGUCGGCACAAGUGGCUGGUGAUGAGUCCAGCUUCAAGACAUCUGCAGGCCCGAAAUCGGCGACCUUUUCGGGUAAUAUACCAGAUCUUCAUAGUAGUGCCAUGAUGAAUAGUGUGGGAGCGAGUAAUGUUGGCAUCAGAGACCACGAUGUCGGCCCUUCAACAGCAGGUUACGUCGGCCCUAGUACAACACUGAACAGCGAUCAUCGAAUCGGGGAAAAGGCCCAGCUCAGCAGGCACAACCAGAGUAUUCACGAUGCCACCACUUUGUCUAUUCCAUUAGGGAGCGCAACUGGCGUGCACUUUCAAACCAGUGGAACCGACCACAACUCGGAGCGACAGGGAGACCCGUCAUCGCACCAUCAUGAGGGAAAUAGUGCUAGCGGAAUCAAUACAACCGCAGCUGGCGCGGGAACGAACAACGGGAUCAGCAACAUAAGUUCAGGGACUUCUACGUCAGCUACAGGAACUGCCCAUCAUAUUUCAAGCAACUCAUCUACGAAUCCAAAUGCAACUGUGACACCUAGUGGCGCAGUAGGCGCAGGUGUGCAUGGCAAUCCAAAUAUUGCAAGUAGAGAUCACACAAUAGCAAUACGCGCACAGAGAAGGCAAACACUCCGAACAGAGCGCCGGAUGGAAGUCAAUCCAUUAGCAGUGGAAUAUGGUGGUAGUGGAAAGUUCAUCUUUACGGCCACUACAACUACAUGUAGAUGUAGUAAAUCAGGACCGGUACUACUUGAAAUUGAAUUUCUUCUAUUUCUACCACUCAUCUACAUCUUUGUCUCCGCAAUGUUACAAAAGACGGUACGAGGCACAUGUUGAUGUUUGUUAGAGUAUCCGAGCAGAAAGUACUUGUGCUCGGGCAAUACCUCGACGAUAUUUUAUCUUUCUGUUUUUUGUAGCCGUAGAAGUAGAGGUUGUGCUUGGUCAUGUUCUAAGAUACCCAACGGCUUCGGCAGCGGAACUGGGGGUCAGCAGCAGCUCUCACUUGCGUGGUUACAGGAGUUUGGGCUGUCAUUCGACCAGUUCAUUGUCGUCCUCCACUGGGCCCUGUCAUCCAAGAAGCCACCGAAGAAGCAGAAAGCGGCGACUUCGCAGGCAACGUCGGGUGCUGCUAAUAAUACUAUUACUAAUAAUAUUGUAAUUGUUAAUAAUGAUACCUCCGGUUUGGCGUCUGCCGGAGGAGGAGGACUUCAGCCAGGGCAACGAGGUGGCCAAGCGGCUACGGGCUCGCCUAAUAUGAAUAGCCAUGGCGCUGCAAGCGGAGGUGGGUUGGGUAGUGGGAAUGCCGCGACAUAAUCAGGGGAGUGGUCGCGUUAGGUUGUGAGAAUGGGACUGAGUUCGGUCGUAAGUAAGGAAAGGACUUUCCAAUUACGAAGAAAAGGAUGACGAGCGGCAGUCAUCAGAUAGUCACAGUCACAGAAAUGAUGCGCUCUUUGUCUUUGCCGUUGACAGUCUUGAUGCUACAUUGGCGAUACAAUAACAAGGAAGAUUGAGAAGUCACGACAUAUGGAUAAUCGGCAGGAUUGAGUCACAUAACACGAUGAUAUAUACCGCAAUUUGGAUGAUAUUUUUCGAGUGUACUGUCCCUUUAGUCAAUUUGAAUGUCAUGACGUUUAUGCAUAGAUAGUGAUGUUAAGGUUACUAAGAAAAACGGUAAAUUCAUAUCACCAUAAGAUGCACAGAUAUGAAGGAGCCUUGUUCUUCAUUUUCAUCUUCUCCACAAUGAAAUAUGUUAAUGUAAUCAAUGUUUAUACAGCUUAUUUAGAAAGUUAGAUAUCAAAAAUAUCGCGCGAGUAAUUCACCCUACUACGGUACAAAAUAUAGUAUUUCCUAUAUUUUGCUGUGAGCUUUGACUUUCUCUUAUACACCAAAGAUGGCGGUUCUUCGACCUAAGUUUUGAUCUAAGUCAAUCUCCGUGCAUGGGUGGCGAUGCAGUCGCAGUCAGUUAGAUAUUAUAUGAAAAGACAAGUAUUAUAUAUAGGAUACAUGUAGAGGUAGAUCUAGAUGUACUACCUAAGAAGUACAUAGAACAAGCAAAGAAUACAUGGGCUUUUUGUUGUGCAUCUAUGGUUCUGCAAGUAAUUUGAAGGUAACCCAGACCUCCGAUGAAAAGUGAAAAAAUCACUCUACUUACGUCCAUACUCAGCAGUCUGAUUACGAUUCUGGUAGGAUAAUUUUGCACAGACUCUUUUUCUUUUGGCACUAGCAAUUUUUGCAGCGGUACAAACAAUCUAGUAGAGGCAGGAAUUUCUACUUUGCGGGAGAUGAAUACUAGUACUGACGUAGCGGCUUAUGCGGACAAGUUCACGUCAUGCUCAUGUGAAGAUGAUUUGAUAAAAUUUGAGCGGUGGUAUGAUACUAUGCUAUGUAUCACGGACCGGUACGUUGUAGCGAUCUGUCUUUUCAUGCCGUCUCGCAAGCGAAGGGAGAUUUCAGUUCGUGCUUUUCGGACAGCAAACACAUUCAGCUUCGAAAAUU